UGGCCAUCCAAGCCACACACGUGCGAAACAACUCGAUUCCUCAUACGUAACAUCCCCAACCAGCUUCAGCCUUCAGCUCCCACCUCCAGGACCAAACACCCGGUCAGCCGCACGACACCUACCACCAACCUCCCUCACGCACCUACUUCGCACCGCUCGUUUACCGUUUCCACCGUAACAACCACCACCUUCUUCGCCGCCGCUAUGCGGCUACCAACGCAAUACCUCCUGCUCAUCGGCCUGAGCCUUUUACCAGCGACCCUGGCCGUCUCCGAGCCUCCAGAAAAGCCGGUAGACCCGGAAUGCACCGUGACGUCCCCGUUCAGCGAGAACUUCUUCGACCUGCGCAAGCUCCGGCGGCUGCCCGACAUGCUGCCGCCGCAGGCGGACUGGCACGUCAAGGGCCUCGACUACGGCGCGAACUUCAGCAUCAACAUCUGUGGGCCCGUACUGACGGAAAUAUCACCCGAAGGCGCGAACGACGAUGCUGUGGGCGCGUUCUACGAAAAGAACGGGACCGUGUACUCCAUAGGGAGCGCGUCGAUCUCCCCGCACUUCCGAGGCCGCAAACUAGUCCUGAGCUACGAGAACGGCUCGCCGUGUCCGGAUGCGCCCAACUACAGGAAGAGCACGCUCAUGUCGCUCAUGUGCGACCACGAGCAGUUCCGCAAGCCGUCGGUCAGCUUCGUCGGCCAGAUGAACGACUGCGCGUACUUCUUUGAGGUGCGCACGGCGUUCGCUUGCGCGACUAUCAACCAGGCGCAGGCGCUGGGGCCCGGCGCCGUGUUCGGUGCUAUUAUGGGAGUGUUCGCAGUAGUAUACCUAGUUGGCGGCAUCGUCUACCAGCGCACAGUAAUGCAUGCGCGGGGCUGGCGACAGAUUCCGCACUACCAUGCGUGGGCCGCGGCGUUUGGCUUCUUCUGGGUGCGUGUUUUUGUCAUGCCAUUGGUGUUUUUCAUGCGUCUGCUCUCGAUGUUUUCUGGCGCCCCGAAGAGAAGAGGCUCGUACAUGCCCUCCUCCACCUCCCAAACAUCGUCGGGCUGGAAAAGGGGCGAUAAUGAGUGGGCCUAGUCCACGCUGCCCGCCCCCCACCCAAAAUCACCCACCGCCGCCGCCGCUUAUCACUCUUAUCACUCGUAAUUCAUAUUUCUUUUUCGCAGCCGCUUGUCGUUAAGCCUUGUUCGUCUGUUUUCGUCUGUUCUUUUUUCUUUUUUUCAGCUUAGCCCACGCAGCGCACAGAUCCCCCCGUACCGUUUUUGCUUUUUUAUCGAAAUCUUGGCAUCCUCUAUAUCCACAAAGCUGAUGGCGUCUUUCUUCUUUCAUCAGGACAUGGCACGAACCGUAUGGAACCUAGUGCUGGAGCGCGCGCCUCUGCCGUCGUCGUUCCGCCCCUCCGCUGCCGCCCG